AUGGGUAAGUUAAAUUUGCUCCAGACAAUUACCGAUCACUCAAACUCUGUUCCUUCGAACAGCUUAUACUCGCCUCGCGCUAUCUACAAGGGGGGUGGGAAAUAUAUCCGCCGUAUCGAAUCACCCCACGGUGAGGUUGACUUGCCACGUGAAAAAUAUGCCGAACGGAUCGUCAACUUCGAAAAAACUCGAGAAAAACACAAAGAGAUCCAGCCGCCGAUGGCUUUCUUGAAAAACAAACCCUUAUCGUGUGCCAAGUACUUCGUGGAAGAUAUCGUCUGUGCCGAUAACAACGCGAGAAGUGAACACGAGGACGAACGAUCAGAUGGUUCCAGAGGCUCCAAGCGAAGAACCACUUGCGCUGCAGAUUGCCCGCCAUCGCCCGAGAGAGUCAAUCAAGCCGACGAAGACACAAGUAGUGAAGAUGGAGACGGCUCAGCACGACGAAGACGGAGAAGUGCCGUGUAUGAACGUCUCUACUGGAACGCGCAUGGUUCAAGAGCAACCGUGCUCGGUGGCACAGCGACGCCGGAACCUCCGACGACAGCUGAGUACGUGGCUCAUCCGAAGUGGCGUCAACACAGUCCUGAGAAAUGGGUCGGCAAUAGACCAUUCACCAGCACCACCUUGUCAAGCAACACACACACAGCGUCUCGCUCUAGUAUCUCGGGGGUGCCCUACUCCCGGGCAGUGCUUCUAGACGAUCCGUUUGCACCCACCAGAACUCCCAGCUCGCCCACCACCCCUGAAGUCCGCGCGUUGAGUUCACGUCUCCACUACCGAUACUUCCCCCAACACUCUAUCCGCCUCUGUAUCUUCUCCCCAGCUUUCAACUCUGCGUCCUCCCACACGUAA